AUGCGACCAGAUUUAAUCCUCCUCGCCCUCGCCGGCUCUGCCUUCGCCGCCCCAAAUGCCGUAGCUGAAGCUAGACCAGCCGUGACUGAACGUCCUUCGAUAGCAAGACGAGGGAACGUCGGUGGUGUCUACUUCACCCUCGACAUCAACUUUGCCGGUUCCCCAUCCUACAACGUCUACGCUCUCAAUACCUGCAUCAACCUCAGCGCUCCAUACCUUCGUAAAAUCUCGUCGUUCGGCCCAGAUGAAGGUACCAUCUGCACAAUUUAUGGUGCUUCGAACUGUGGUACCCAGGCCGGUGUGGCGACAAUUUACUAUCCAGGUAGCAAGGACUUGAGGUCAUUUGGUAAUAACUGGAAUGAUCGAAUUGCAAGCUUCAAAUGUGUGGCUGGUCGACCCGCUUCCUCGGUCGGUAGCAUUCCGUGGUCUAUUUCUCGACGAGACGAGAUUGUAACGAAGGUGUGA